CCAAAACAAGCUAGAACAUGAAUUGAAUUCAAACCCAUGUACAAGAUCGAGGAUGAUGAACAUCAUCACCCUGAUUGAUCCUACGAUUUACAACUUACGAUUCAGGUCAACGUCUUUUCUGUAAAUUUGAUCCCUUGAUUACGACAUUCAAAGAAGAUGAAAAGAACCAAAAAUUAAAGAAAGUUCAGCCCCUCCAUUAUUACCCGUGUCUUUCGAAUUUCCUUUUUUGUGUAUCUUCUCCGUUCUUUGCGCCCCACGUAAAACCCUAAAAACUACUGGUUUCCUUCAGGUAAUAUAUCGAACACCUGGAGAACAAUGAUUUACUUCUUGUUUUGGUAUCUGAUUGAUAUAACAAGGCAUAUGUACAAGUCUACUUUCAUGUCUUACAAUUUUGGAUGUGUGGGAGUGGGACGCUUUUGCUUUAAGUUUCAGGAAACGGGUUGCUGUUUAUAACGACUUUGAUGUUUCCUUUUGAUAAGUAAUUAUGACGUACUGAGCUGUUCUUAUCCUUGAUUUGUUUUCUUUAUGAUUUUUAUAGUUGUAUGCAGCCAACUAUUGCAACUGGCUUUUGCCUUCCUUUGGGGAACAAGGCUGGAGAUUCAGAUCAUACUUAUCGUUCUUCUUCGGGCUAGGUUGGGUUUCAGCCUCUUAGAUCAAAAGAGCAAUCGAUUUCGAACUUGAAAGUAUUCAUCUUGAUGUACUUAGGAAUUUUGGCGCUAGUUAAUAAUCUUGAGUUACUGGAUAUAUAUUUGUAUUCUAUUCAUAAUGAAUGAUGCUCAGACUAGCUCCAGUUCUCUGCCUCCAUUCAUCUCGAAGACGUAUGAGAUGGUGGAUGAUCCUUCCACAGAUUCUAUCGUCUCCUGGAGUCAGAGUAACAAGAGCUUCAUCGUUUGGAAUCCACCUGAAUUCUCAGGUGAAUUGCUACCAAGAUUCUUCAAGCAUAACAAUUUCUCCAGUUUUAUCAGACAACUUAAUACUUACGGUUUUCGAAAAAUCGAUCCUGAACUGUGGGAGUUUGCAAAUGAGGAUUUCAUCAGAGGCCAACCACACCUCUUGAAGAACAUUCAUAGAAGAAAGCCGGUUCACAGUCAUUCGAUUCAGAAUCUUUCAAGCAAUGGGGCUUAUUCGAAUUCAUCUUCUCCACUGACUGAAUCAGAGAAACUUAGAUACAGAGAAAAGAUCGAUGAGCUACAUUACGAGAAAGAAUUACUUUCAAUAGAGUUUCACAGGCACCAGCAAGAUCAAGAUCGAAUCAAAUUGGAAGCACGAGCCUUAACCGAUCGUUUGAAACACACUGGCAAAGUCCAAAAAGAUAUCCUCUGUUCCUUAGAUGAAAUCUUGCAGAAACCAGCUCUUGACUUAAAAUUCGAAACUCAAUUUGCAGAAACAAAUGAUAGAAAAAGGAGGGUGUCGGGUGAAACUAAUAAUGAUCAGGUUUGUCCUUUUGAUCUCCCGAUCCGCGAGACACUAACUGCUGAAUCCCUUUUGGCAUUAGACACAGAAUUGGUUGAGCAUUUGGAAUCUUCCCUCACGUUGUGGGAGGGUAUAUUGAAAGAGGUUGAUGAAGCUUUUGAGCAACAAAAAUGGCGAUUAGAGUUGGAUGAUGAGGCCGCAUGUUGUGCCGAUAGCCCAGAGAUCUGUUAUUCACCGAUGAACAUUGAAAUAGGUGGUGGUGAGAUUGACAUGAAUUCCGGUGCAACGGAAGAAGAGAAAGAUGGGAAUGUUGUGGGUGUUAAUGAUGUGUUCUGGGAACAAUUCUUGACUGAGAAUCCAGGUGGUUCGAACGUGGUGGAGGGUGAUAGCAAAGGAUUGGAUGAAUACGGGAAGUUCUGGUGGAAAAUGAAGAGUGUAAAUAAUCUUGCCGAUCAGCUAGGGCAGCUUACUCCGGCGGAGAGAACAUGAUGGUGGAGGUGAUUGUUGUGUUACCGUGUUGUCAUUUUAGUGGGUGAUUGUAAAUUAUGAGUGAUCUUUUUAGGGUUUUGUACAGAUAAAUUAUCAGGUUUUGAUGAGUUUUAAGUUGGUAAAUUCAGAAAA